GAUCACACACACUUUGUAAUCUGUGCCUCUGUGUUCUGUGAGCUUAACUCAGUCAAUCUGUGAACGUAUUGUUUGUUAGUUCAUAGUAUAUUGUACAAUGUGCAGGUCAAUUGUUUGUUAGAUCGUAGGAAAUUUCACUAAAUGUACAAUUUCUUUAGUUUGUUUUUUAGUUGUUUGUUGCUUAUAUCGUUCAUAAGUUCGGAUACGUUUUAGUAGUAUUUAAUUGUUGUGGUGCAAAACUGUUUUUCAUCUGAGGACAUUCCUUGAAUUCCGAGUAUUAUGGUGCAUCAGAGAUCAACAUAGGUAUAAGUUCGGCACACAGCAAAGAAGCUAAAAAACAUUCAUGGCGAACUUGCAGCUCAUGCACUGUCUCUUAUUGGUCACGUUCAUCAGUUUAUCGUGGAGCGGGGCACAAGCAAGAGCACGCCAAUGCUUGGAGUUGAUACCCACUGGUGGAUAUACCUUUCCGCAAGGCGACAUUAUUCUGGAAAAGGGGUCUGAUCUAAACAUCACAUGUGUACUAAAUAAGAAAUAUGCAGCUAAAUAUAACUCGUCUGCAAGUAGUCUGUUGAGCUUUGUUUUGGGUGCCGACCGUCUUCCAUCCGAAAUAUUGAACUCCACUGCAAUACGUCUUUAUGUUAAAAACCAUCCGACAACGCCGAAGGCAGACUAUUUCUGUUUGUUGAAUGGUACUUAUAUUUGUCACAAUGUUAUUGCUGUAGGAACUAAGCCACAAGACGUGACUGAUUUUGACUGUAUGGGUCAAAAUCUUAAUAAUUUUACUUGCACGUGGAUUGCUCCAGAAAAUUAUGUUCGCACUGACUAUCACUUGGAUUACACGCCUGCCAGGUCAGGAAGAAGCUCAUUUAGUCCAUGUCCCCAUGAAUUAAAGGAAUCAAAAAUUGGCAAUAAAACGAUGAUGAGCUGUACUUGGUCCUUGACUUCGUCACCAUUAUAUCGCCAUUCCCAUAGUCAUUUGGAAUUUGUAUUAUUUGCCAAUGACACCUUUGGUUCGAGAAACUGGACUUACUUAAUAAAUCAUUACAGUAGUGUACGUCCGAAUCCACCAAAAAAUUUAGGCGCAAUUAGUGAAUCUCCCCAUUCUAUACAAUUGAAAUGGUCACUUCCAACGUUUAUGCUAAACUUUCCAGGGGGGUUCCGUUAUCGCGUGUGUUGGUGCAAUGAGCAAAGUAAAGAGUGGAACACCAUCUACUUGCCAAACAAAACGUUAUCUAAACAUUUUCACGCUGAUGAUUCUAAAGGAAAUUUCUUAUUAGAUAAUCUUCCUUACGCGCACUGUAUAUAUGACGUAAGAAUUUCGAUGCGACCAAAAAGCGCCACGGAUGAUAGGAUGUGGUCUCAAAAUGCAUCAAUAACUAUUCGAACUUUAUCUAAAAUACCAGACAGUCCUCCAAAUACAACUUUAGGUGGUUUUGAAAUUUUGGACGGUGUUGGAAAGAGGAUCAUAUAUUGGCAGAAUAUUCAUAGCUAUCAGGAAAAUGGAGAUAAUUUUACCUAUAACAUUCAGGCAGUUGAAGAUCCUACUAUUAAGCCAGUCCAACUUUUAAAGAAGUACGCAGUGUUUGACAAAUUGCCUAAUAGGAACCUCACAUUUAAAAUUUGGUCUGUAAACAAUGAAGGAAAAUCUUUAGACCAUUCUGUUGUAUUUGUACCUGCAGAAAGAUAUACUCUCAAGCCAGUCCGAAAAUUGAUCAAAAAAGAUAACGGAAAUGGAAAAUACAACAUCCAGUGGAUCGACAGUGGCGAUUCUAAAAUGACACAUUUCACACUCUUCUGGUGCGCUGCACUAAUGGAAAGGCCCUAUCCUUGCAAGGGAAACUUGAAUUGGCUGAUCUUGCAAAAAGGAAUGAAGAAUAAGACUUUGCAAUUGCCAGUAUUUGCCAAUGAAAGUAAUUAUCAGUUUGCCAUGUCUGUAAAUGGGAUCGACAGCAGUAGCGGGCUACUGUGGGCCGACUGUACAAUCUUAUAUGGAAGUGGAAAACGUAAACUCAGCCAGACUUACUUAAAAACGGUUUCGUCUCGCUAUAUAGUUAUACAGAUACAUUCAGGAUGUAUUACUUUAACCGAUAUACAAGGAUUUAACGUUAGCUAUUGCCAAAUUCUUCAGCCCGGGUCGGAAGAAUGUCAGCCAAACACUUUAAACUAUAAAUUUUUUGAUGUAGACAAUGACACUUUCGAUGGAGAUGCAGAACUUAAUAUUACAAACUUGAUACCUUAUACUGGAUACCAAAUUCGGGUUAAGCCCAUUUCAUUAGGGUCAGAACUUGACUUUGGUGAUUCAAUGUUUAAUUCAACCAUCGAAGACACACCUUCUGCACCAACCAACGUGCAAGUUGUGAGGCGUGAGCCUAGAAUUUUGACACUCCAUUGGGAACCUCCAUAUGAAACCAAUGGUCAUAUAAGAGAAUAUCGCAUUUAUGUUAGAAGUCCAACUCAAACACUUCCACCAAUAACAGUAACUUAUAUACACGAUUUGAAAAAGUAUUCCCAGGAUAUAAUAGGCUUAUUACCACGAUCUGAAUAUACACUAGGUGUUUCAGCAUGUACAAAGACCUGCUCACCUUAUGCGACAAUUAAUGCUUCCACCGAUAUAAAUUUCCCUGGUGUAAUUACAAAGCCCAGUGCAAACUGGAAUGAUUUAACGACUAUUUUAAAAUGGGAAAAACCAGACGAACUGGAAACUCUAGUGGAUUUUUAUGAAUUACAAGUUGCGAAUGACGACGGACGGCAGCAUAAUUAUACCACACAGAAUGUAACCUUUUCACUUGGAGAAGUAUGCGAAAAGGAUCAAACUCAAACUAUUUACGUAAAGGUGCGAGGAGUAAAUGUCAGAUACAAUCAAACAUUACCGGGACCUUGGAGCGAGAAUGCCGAUUUUCCAUGUAUACGAAGUUCUGUAUCAAUGUCUUGGAUUUUCAGCCUCAUAGCAAUUGCGAUUCUAAUAAUAUUUGUAAUUACUAUCUUCGCUACUCGAAGAUCUGUCCAAAAGGCCAUUGGACAGCGUCUAUGCGAGGUGAAAUUGCCUUCUGCCUUAGAUGCGGCUGCAAACGUUGAAUACUCCAUGGCUGAGAUUCAACGGGACAGGAGAGAACUAUCUCAGAAUUGGAACUGUGAUACUAGCACCAAGGUUCCAAGCACAGGAUAUCUACCUUGUUAUCCUGAAGAAGAUCCAAAUGCAAAUACAGGCUCUUACGUUAUUGCCGGCAACCCAUUGUCAAUGCCGGUAGAAACGCAAGCCAUAACAACAGUCCCAGAGGAUGUUUCCGCAGAAAACUACAAAGUUCUUCCCAUAGAGACAUUAAAAUUGCUUUGGCAAAAGCCUGCGCCUGAAGUUACCUCUGCCGGCUACCUUUUGGUCGGAAAUUCUAAGAACGAAAAAUCGGGUUAGAUUAUUUAUCUCUAACGUGGUUUUUCAUCAGCUUUUGAAUAACUGCCUUGAAAAUAUAAAAUUAAUCUUUUGAAAGUUAUGAGAAAUUACAAUUUAGAUGUAUUGUGAAAUGUUUAAAAGACUGACCGUAAUUUGUAACGAGUAAUUUAAAUGUUUUUGGAAUAACAGAAACUUUUAAAUUGCCCUUUUUUUAAUGUUAAAAUAAGAUUAGUUUUACAUUUUCGUGUUCCUUUAUUUAAUACUUUUAUUAAAAUAUAAAUUUGAAA